AUGUAUUUAAAGCCCGAAAAUGUUGAUUCAACUGUAUUUGUCACACCAACAUUAAAUAAGAGUCGUGAUGUUCAUGUUCAAACAUUCGACGAAAUAGUAUCACCACCAAUGACUACAAUGCCAACAAUUGAAGAAAAUCUCGAAACAUCAACAUCUCCAUUACCACCACUUGUUGAUAUGUUAUUUUCUCAUAUGAAUGGUGUUAAUCAAUGGAUUAAUAGAUUUUGUACAGGUCAUGAAGGAAUUCAAAAUGAUAUAAGUACAAUUCGAGAUCAUCUUGAAAAACUUAAUCGAGCAACAAGUCACAUGAUCUUUUCAAAUGUUAAAAUGUUUCAAUCGAAUUCAGAUGAAAAUAGUGAACAUUGUCAUUCGUCACAUGAAUGA